AUGGUGAAUUUCCCUAACUCGGGGGUCUCUUCGGCCUUUAUGUCUCCUGGAGGAGGAAUAAUACAACAGCACCAACACCAACACCAGCAUAGUGAGAUACACUGCAAACAGUGUGGAAUGCCGGGCUGUGAUCUUCAAGUCUUAGACUGUGGAUGCUUUUUGCAUGCUCGUUGUACACCGAUUUCACCUCACCAGCAGCUCACAAUUUGCCCACCAUGUGGAUCGAGGGUAAGAUCAUUGAUGCUGAUUCCGAUGAACUUUAACGAGAUUGAUGAAGCGCAAGCACAAGCUGCAGCCACGUCACCAAGUUCGAAACGAGGAAAGAAACGAAAGAAUGCAACUAUUGCGAGGCUGAACCCAUCCAACUCGAGAGUGGAUGAACCGGGAGAUGGUUCCGAGCUCAGGACGGGAAGGUGGACUUCGGAAGAGACCAUGUACUGUGACAAGAUGAUAGAAAAGUUCGAAGCGGGACACUUACCGAUAGCUGAUGGUGUCAAGCUGAACGACUUCCUAGCGGGUAUGCUCAAGUCCAAGCAAUCUCGUCUCACCAAGAAAAUGAAGAACGCACGCCUAAGUGCCAAGACUUACAAGCGAUCGAUAGGAUACAUCGGGAAUAUUGAAGAAGCAAAAGAGGUAUCACAACUAGAGCGGCUUUUCUUUGAAUCGAUACACUGCAACAUGGAGAGAGCUGAGAUUCGGUUUCAUAUGCAAAAGGAAUGGCGAGAGCUCUUCAGCUCAUUCUGUGUAUCCAUGGGGCAGAAACUGGAUGCGGAUGCAUGGUUGUCUAGCGUAGAGGAAAUGGAUAAACGAGUUUCGCAAGCGAAGGAUGCUGCAAGAAUGGCAAGGCGUAAAUUGUUGAUGGGGUACGCGCUGAGCCAAGAUGCAUCCAACCGCGAACAUGGUGUUUUCAUAGAGAACAAUGUGGCAAAUGAUCGUAACAACGAGAUGCUCCCAAGCCAUGCAUCAUCGAAUAAUCUGAAUGGCAUGCUACCCAAGGAAAAGAAACCAAGACCAGAUCACUGCGCGACAUCAUUACGGGAUUUUUCUUCUCCAUUUGUGGGACGAGUUGUCCAGUACUUGCACAGACACAAGCUCCCAUUUGAGUAUGUUGAUGCGUGGGUGCCAUCGUUUGUUCCAAGUUCGGAUUCACCUGAUGCGGAGCAGAAAUGUCGUCUCUGUUUUGCUGGCUUUGCCAGCUGUGAUGUGGAAAUCCCUGAAGAUGGUGGUACUCCCGUUCCGAUCAGCAGUCAACAUCAUUUCGAUUUGCUCUCAUUUGGAGAAUAUAGUGCAAAGUUCUCCUUCGAUGUUGGUUGUGGGCUACCAGGCAGAGUAUACCAAUCAUCAGUAUGUUCUUGGGAACAAGGUGUAGCCAAUGCACCCAGUCAACAGUUCGAAAGAUGUGGCGGGGCACAUCAAUGGGGAAUCAAGACAGUUUUGGGUAUCCCGAUAUCUAGUCCCAACGUGGGUCGUAUUGUCGUGGUUUUGUACUCACGGCAUGAUCGUCUUCGCGACCCAGAAAUGGCAAGGCGGAUAACAGAGGAGUUCACAAAGUUGAAACCGACUCCAAAAUGGAAACUUGUUGUUGAUCUUGGGGAAGUAGCCGACGCCCCCAAGACAGCUAACCUCGCUGACAUGAGAGUGUCAGAGUUGUUAAACUUGUUGGAACAGUUUGCACCAUCGGAUGACUCUCCAUAUGCAAUGUACAUGACGGGUUUUUCCAUGUUGAGAUUGUUGCUUGUAAAGCAGGUCAAAACACCACAAGAAUCGGAGUUCAUAUCGACAAUGUUGGAGUCAUAUUCCUCUUACAAAUCUUCCGGCCGGAGGAACCAAGAAAUCGCAUGCUUGGUAGCGCGGGACUUUAUGGUAGUGUAUCAAUCGAGUGGUGGUGUCGGCGUUCCUGAUCAACAACAACAGCAGCAACAGCAGCAAAUGAAAUCAAAUAGUCAACAGAUAAUGAACGUGCAAAGCAUGCAGCAGCAGUUUUCAGCGCAACCAUUGCAAUCACAAGCAAUGCAACAGCAGCAGCACCAACAGCAGCAGCACCAACAGCAGCAGCAGCACGCCAAUGAUCUGCUGCAACUGAAUACCAUGGCCCCAGUCACCUCCACAAACCUCGGCCUGAACCAGUCUGCGCUUGGGGGCUCCCAAAAUUCGUUUAUGCAAGGUGGUGGUCCGACUCAAUUUCAGCUGAAUCGCCUUGUCCAAUCUCAGGCUCUCCUUGCGUCAGGACAGAACAUGCAACAAAACAACUCUUUGCAACUGCAAAACCUUCACCAUCCUGGGAUCGAACAAAUGAACCCUAUCAUGAUGGGCACUGCAUUUCAUCCGCCUCAUCAGCAUUUGUAG